GGCAGUUCAGAUGGAAAGAGACAGCCAGUGGAACAUUGACAGACCUGUAGAAUCUUCAGCACCACCGCAGCUAGGCAACGCAUCUAAAUAGAACGCCAUCAGAAGGUCUGCUUUCAUCCUGCCUGGCCAACACAGGACACAGCAAAGACCUUCCCAUAAAAGCCUGGUUUACUGAUACUGCAAGUGUGUUCUGGACUCAGUAUUAUUAACCCCAACAAGAAGAGGACAUCACACUCAUAUGGACUAGGUAACUUCCUUUAUUCAAUCUGUGGAGAGAAGACCCAGGCUGUCCAUCCCAGUGAUCAGCCAUCUCCAGCCAUAUCUCCCCCAUAGGGAGGUGUGUGUGUGGAAAGCAUUGCACUGACAGCAGAGGCAAUGCUGGCAAGUUAGAAGCCAAAGCCCCCCCUCCCUGUCCUCCUUUGGUUUAUUUUGGACGAAUCUGCACUUUCAUCACUGACUGAGCUACCUCAGAUCCCAGGGAAACCACUGAUCAGUGUCAGGCUUGUUUUCCUCCUUUCACUCCUGCUACCUUCCCUCUCCUUGGCUGGGAACCUCCUUCAUCUCAGAAGCUGUGCUGGCUCCUGGCUGCCUGUGGCUCAUUUGAGACUAUAAGGAAGAGAUUUUAUUUUUUGAUAUUAUUAGAAUCAUUAUUCUUUUUGUUUGUUUAGUUCUGUUGUUGCUACUAGUGUUUGGCUUCUUUCGCCAGGAUCCUUUUCCAGCUUCCAAAAUAUCCUCUAACCAAAGACAAUGGUACACUGUGCUGGAUGCGAGAGGCCCAUUUUGGACCGUUUCUUGUUGAAUGUACUGGACAGGGCUUGGCAUGUGAAGUGUGUUCAGUGCUGUGAAUGUAAAUGCAACUUGACAGAGAAAUGCUUCUCCAGAGAAGGCAAGCUUUACUGCAAAAACGAUUUUUUCAGACGUUUUGGUACCAAGUGUGCAGGCUGUGCCCAGGGCAUCUCUCCCAGUGACCUGGUGAGGAGGGCACGAAAUAAAGUGUUUCACUUGAACUGUUUCACGUGCAUGAUGUGCAACAAACAACUCUCCACUGGAGAGGAACUUUAUAUCAUUGACGAGAACAAGUUUGUCUGUAAAGAAGAUUAUCUAAAUAACAAUACUGCCAAAGAACACAGUCUUCUCUCAGUAACAGGCAGUGACCCCAGUUUAUCUCCUGACUCUCAAGACCCAUCUCAAGACGACGCAAAGGACUCUGAAAGCGCUAACAUCUCAGAUAAGGAGGUUGGGAUUAACGAGAACGAUGACCAGAACCUGGGAGCCAAGAGGAGAGGACCCAGGACUACUAUCAAAGCCAAACAGCUGGAGACUCUGAAAGCUGCCUUUGCUGCAACCCCUAAGCCCACCAGGCACAUAAGAGAACAGCUGGCACAGGAGACUGGCCUCAACAUGCGAGUGAUACAGGUCUGGUUUCAAAACCGACGCUCCAAAGAAAGGCGCAUGAAGCAGCUGAGUGCGUUGGGAGCCCGCCGGCAUGCCUUCUUCAGGAGUCCCCGCAGGAUGAGACCUCUUGUGGACAGACUGGAGCCAGGAGAGCUCAUCCCCAAUGGACCCUUUUCAUUCUAUGGAGAUUACCAGAGCGAAUAUUAUGGCCCAGGAAGCAAUUAUGACUUUUUCCCACAAGGACCACCUUCAUCUCAAGCCCAGACUCCUGUAGAUCUUCCAUUUGUACCUUCUUCUGGGCCAGCAGGGACCCCUCUUGGUGGAAUGGACCACCCAUUACCUGGUCAUCACCCUUCCAGUGACGCUCAGCGUUUCUCUGACAUCAUGUCCCACCCACCAGGAGACUCUCCAAGCCCAGAGCCCAACCUACCAGGUUCCAUGCACUCUAUGUCUGCAGAAGUCUUUGGUCAAAGUCCCCCCUUUUCAUCUCUAUCGGUCAAUGGAGGUGCACCGUACGCCAAUCAUUUGUCACAUCCACCAGAAAUGAACGAAACGACCGUAUGGUAGUCUUAUUUUUCUUUUUUUGUUUUUUGUUUUAUGUUUUUUUUUUUUUUUUUAUACAAACACAAAAAAAAAAAAAUCCAACAACAACCAAACUAGACAGACUGGAGUAGUCAAUUUAUCAUUCAUAGUUCUUUCUUGAUAAGUUGUGGUGUACAGAACUGGUAAUUAUUAAUUUUAUUGUCCACCCCCCACCCCACCCC